AUGACUCAACCCAACCCUUACGUUCUGGCCGCCGAUAAUCCGGGCGCCGUCCUGACUCUAUUGCAGUCCAACCCCUCCAUCGCCUCGAACCAAGAUGAGCACGGAUAUUCAUUACUCCAUGCUGCGGCUUCUUACGGACACAUCGACCUGCUACGCGCUCUGGUGAAGGACUACAACGUGGACGUUAACCUGCUCGACGAGGAUGGUGAAACCUGCCUGUUUGUGACGGAAAGCCUCGACAUUGCGAAAUGCCUGGUUGAAGAACUGGGUGUGGACUACAACAAGAGAAACGAUGAGGGCCUCGCAGCCUAUGAGACUAUUGAGAGCGAUGGCUCUUUCCCGCAAAUUGCUGCUUAUCUGCGGCAAGUCGCAGGCGUGCCUGAGCCGGAGGUCGACUCGGCUGGCGACGCACUAAACCCGGCUCCGCCGCUUCCCCCGAACGUUCAAAUGAACCUGGGCACAGUGUCGGAACAGGAGGCUAGUGCGGGAAUGGACGAGGUGGAUCCCGAGUUCAAGCGGCGCAUUGAUGAGCUGGCCGCGCGUGAGGAUUUCCACAGCGAAGCUACGCAGAGCCAACUGCGCCAGUUGGUCAUGGAUGCUAUUUCGGGCUCCGGUAUCAACACCCAGGAGCGUGAGGUGCGCCGCAGGACGGAUUAA